AUGAGGUCCUUGAAAGAUGGUCUGGCCUACCAGGCGAGAGCAGUUAAGUCCGGCUUCGUCCCCAGCACUUUCCUGUUCAACCAGCUUAUCCGCCUCUACUCCCAGAAUGGCCUCUUGCGAGAAGCCCACAAGCUGUUCGACGAAAUGCCCCACCGGAACGUGUACUCCUCGAACGCCCUGAUUUCGGCUUACGUAAAAGCUCGGGACUUGACCCGAGCCAGGGCGUUGUUCGACUCCGCCACUGACAGGGAUUUGGUAACUUAUAAUUCGAUGCUGACCGGUUACGUGACCGUCGAAGGACGUGAAAGUGAUGCGCUCAAAUGGUUUGACAAGAUGCAGUUGAUGCGUGAUCGUCUUAAGUUUGACGAGUUUACUUUGACGGCGAUGCUAAACUUGGUGGCAAAGUUACGUGUGCAGUAUUAUGGGACACAGUUGCAUGCUUAUAUGGUGAGGACGGGGAAUGAUACGGAUAAGUAUGUCAUGAGCUCCUUAAUUGACAUGUACUCUAAAUGCGGGAGUUUCGGAGAAGCAUACAGAGUGUUCUGUGAAUCAAAAGCGGAGGUCGAUUUGGUUUCCAAGAAUACAAUGAUGGCAGCUUGUUGUAGAGAAGACUUAAUUUAUGCAACGAUUGAGUGCGAGAACUCCUUUUUGACAACUUCUAUGAUCGUGGGUCAUUCAUCUCAAGGUAACAUGUCUGAAGCACGGAGGCUUUUUGAUUCUCUGAAUGAAAAGAAUUCUACCGUGUGGACUGCUUUGUUUACUGGUUAUGUCAAAGCACAGCAAUGGGCCCUGGAUCCGGGAACACAAAUUCAUGCUUACUCACUGAGAAAAGGGAUGGAAAUGGAGGAGAAGCUGAUUAGUGCCACGAUCGACAUGUACUUUAAGUCUGGCAGUACUGAAUAUGCAGGAAAGAUAUCUCAAAAACUCACGGAAAGAGACUUGAUUCUCUACAAUAUUGUGAUUUCCGGUUAUGCAAAUCAAGGGCACGAAGAUCAAGCUAUGAAGCUGUAUAAAGACAUGUUGGAGAGAGGAUUGAAACCUGAUGAGGUCGCCUUUAUUGCGCUUCUAUCUGCUUGCCGUCAUAGUGGGUUAGUCGAAAUGGGGGAAAAGUAUUUCAAGUCCGUGGUAGAAGAUUACAAAAUUGUGCCUGAAACGGAUCACUAUGCCUGUACGAUUGAUGUGUAUGCAAGGGCAAAUCAACCAGAAAAGGCAAUGGAUAUCAUGAAGAAAAUUCCCAGGAAUUCGGAUCUUCUGGCAAAUGUAUUUGCAGCUGAGGAAAAUUGGGCGGAGAUGUGCAAGAUAAGAGAGAAAAUGAGAGGGAAGGAAACCAAGAAGCUUGCUGGCUGCAGUUGGGUGUAUCUUGAAAAUGGAAUUCAUGCAUUUACCUCUGGCGAUACAUCACAUUCAAAAGCAGAGAUUAUCUAUUCAAUCUUGGAGUUCCUAUCUGCAGAUUUACGUGCACCACCCAAUUCAAAUGUUGGAAAGGUUACAACUUUAACAUCAACAUAA